AUGGUUACUUGUCCAAAGUGUAUUGUCCAGUGUGGUGUUCCUAGUUGCCUUGAUGUGAUCCGACAAUCGGAAGUGGUGGUACCUAACAGAGACAACGCAAGAAAACACUUAGACAUUGACGAGCAGACAAAGGCAUGGUCUCUAAAGGAAGUAAAAAUAUUGCUUCUAACGAUAGUAAACUAAUUUACAUAUCAUGCAGUGUAUAGGACGGAUUCAUUGCUACGAACGUUCUAGAACGAAAAUAAUUUUUUUUUUGCAUGGUUACUUUUCGAAAGCUUAACAAUUUUGUGGAGUCAAAAAUAGAAAUAAAAACUUCUAUUGUCGUUGGCGUAACACCAUAUGGUUAACGAAUUUGCCAGGAAAAAAAUUCGAUAUUCAGUGCUAGCUACGAAUAUUCUUUGGCAGCUAAUUGGCGCACUUUAAAACAGUGAAGUAUAUCCCUUUGCCAGCUCCCCAAAUAGUGUUGAGACCCGCGAAAAUCUCCAAGCAAUCGCAAUACUAUUGCUUGGUUUUAAAUUUAAAGAAUUUAUUUCUUUGGCUAUAUAGCGUAUCGACUCGACUCUCUUUAUUCAUUUUUUUGAUAGGCCACAGUCUACACGGAAAUAGAGAGUAAAACUGUCGUCGUUCUGACUUGGUUGGUGCCGAAUAAUUGGAAAUGGCCCAUCGCUUCUCCUCUGAUGCAGGCGUUUGAUAGGAAAUGGAGACUUGUUAUGACAAGAGGAAAGCUUUGGCUCCAAUAUUACAGAGGGGUCAAAAUUAUACGAAUUGCUUUCGCGUGAGUAUAGUUCAAGGCCAUUCAAUAACAUCCGAUUCCACUGGUUUCUGUAAACCGUAGUUUCAUUUGCAAGUCAAAUAUUUGAAUCACUCACAACAGCCUAGACUUAUCUUUUAUUUCUUCAAGGUUUUUCAUUGAAAAGACAGGCGACGAUGCUAAGAAAGUUAUCAUCAGUCGGGGCCACAUAAAGUUGAAGGUACGAAGAGGCCAUAGCUUUGCAUUACCCUCAGAAUUUGCGGAGGGAACAGUGAAUUGCCACAUAGUUGAAUUAGCCGCUAUCCUGGAAAACAAGUCUUAA